ACAUUAAUACAAAUAUAGAAUGUGGUUAGAAAUUUUAAAACAACACUAAAAAGUUUGGGUUUCAUUAUAUAGAGAGUUUACCAAAAUUUAAUAGUUUGUAGGGGUUGUUAAUGAUUAGAUUAGAAGGAUGUGUUAAAAAAAAAGAUUUACUUAAGACGAGAUUUACAAAUUGGGUAAGAUUCCUGGAGAGCCUAAACCAGAUCUGUACAAAGACCAAAGGUCAAGAUGCCAACCAUCCCUCAUUUCUAUGAACACAAUGUAUAGAUAAAAACAAUCGUUUGUAUUGUGAAAAUACUAUUUUGUAGCAGCUUCUGUGACUUUGGUUGGAUUGUUGGAUGCACGAACUAGACCCCAUCUGAACUUCGUCAUUUGGAUUUUAAUUAGUUUCGACCUAUCGGGUUUAUCAAUAAUAUUCUCACUCAGCUGGUUGUUUAAUUUACACAUUUGUUAAUUAGUUAAAGUGAUGACAAGCCUUGAGUCAAUUAUUAUUUUUGCUUUUAUAUAAACAAUACGUAUAGAUUCUUACUUUUUUUGGUAAAAGUAUAGAUAUAGAUUCUUACUUGCACGUAUUUCUUGAAAAAACCUUGUUUGGAUCUAUUUUAUUGUAUACCAGGCUAGUUUGGGAAGUUUGGCCCUACGACUUAUCACGAUCAGCUAAACUCAGACUUGAAUAGUUCAUCAUUUACUACUUCAAUGGAAAUGAAUUUAUUUUGUCAGAUUUUAUUAUGUCUUAAUACAUGGAUUCUAUAUAAUAAAGAAAAUUUCGGUGGUUUGUUUUUGUCAACAAAAAGAUUUAGCUGAUAAAACGUCAAGUGCUGAUUGGUUUCUGGUAAUAAAUAUAACUUUCUUAUAUUAAGCUAACAAAAAGUUUAAUAAAUAUAUGGUCUCUUUCAAUGUAGUUUAUAUACAUUAUUACGAGAGAACAAUUAAGACAAGCAUUAGACUCUAAUCUCUUUCAUUUACUUCUCCAUGACUCCAUCAAUGGCUGUUACAUCCAAAUCAAUUACUCUCUACAUUAUCACUCACUUAUGCCUAGUUUCUUGGGUGUUAAGUCAACAACAAGAAACCGAGUUUCUUCACCAUGGAUUCUUAAAAGCCAAUAUACUAAACUACGGAUCCACAAAGAUCCUUCCAAGUGGUAUCUUGGAGCUAACAAACACCUCAAGGAGGCAAAUGGGUCAAGCCUUCCAUGGCUUCCCCAUACCAUUCACCAACCCUAACUCAUCAAACCCCUUUUCUUUCUCCACAAGUUUCGUUUUCUCAAUCAACGCACCAGGUCAUGGCCUAACCUUCAUGAUCUCUCCCUCCAUGGACUUCACCAGAGCCAUGGCGAGCCAGUUUCUCGGUCUCUUCAACGCUUCAAACAACGGGAACUCAACUAAUAGAAUCCUCGCGGUGGAGUUUGACACGGUGAAGUCAAACGAGUUUCUUGACAUCGACGGUAACCACGUGGGGAUCGACGUCAACGGUUUGGUCUCAGUUGAAUCUGCACCAGCUGCGUUUUUCUCAAACCGGCAUAGCAAGAAUAUAACCUUGAAGCUUUCUAGCAAAGAUCCGAUACGGGCUUGGAUCGAAUACGAUGGAGAGGAGAUGGUUCUCAACGUCACAUUGGCUCCUCUCGACAUUUCUAAACCUAAGCUUCCUCUUAUGUCAAGAAAGAUGAAUCUUACAGAGAUUUUUAACGACAAGAUGUUUGUCGGAUUCUCAGCAUCCACGGGAAACAUGACGAGUAAUCAUUAUGUUCUUGGAUGGAGCUUUAGUAGAGAAGGCAAAGCAAAAGAGUUUGAUCUCACUCUACUUCCUUCAGUUUCAGCUCCGUCGCCAUCUGAGUUAGAUGACUUUGAUCUUAUUUCAGAUACUCCUUCGGAUUCAGCAACUGCAAACGCUAAGGGCACCAAACUGAUCAUAAUCUGUAAACUUGUAAUAAUGUUCUUUAUGAUGUGAUUGAACUCUAUAAAUGUAUUACUUUCUUGAUUUUAUUAGAGAAAAAUAAAUAAAAUGUUGGAUACAUAUGCAUAGCUACAUUUAGAAAUGUUUCAUUCAAGUAUUCCCUUUGUUAUUACAUUGAUAGAUCUGCUGACGCAUCAGUUCCUUGCUUUCCAAGACAAAGUUUAAGAUGCACAAAAGAAAAAGAAAAAAAAAGACAAAA